UGAGACCUGCGCUUUGUCGUGCCUCGCUUCACGUGUUAGUUUUCAGACAGCCGUGCAACCCAAACCCACCUGAAGCUUGGCGAUGGAAAGGUAUGAAGAUUCGGCAGCCCUCACCCAGCACGCGGCUGGUCUUGCAUCGCAACUGCUCAAGUGUACCACAUUCGGUGCGCUGUUGCUCUUCGGUCCGCAGCAGACAGCGCAGAACAAUUACCCCCGCUUACAGCGAGGUCCUUACUGGACGCUGCUGGAUGUUGCCCACUUGGCGCUGUUCCUGCUGCCCGCUGCCCUUGGAUUCGCUAAGGGUUGCCUCACCCUGGGCUCGGGUCGUCGGGCGAACGCCCUGCUGCUCUCAUCCCUGACCGACGCCACGAGUGACUUUGCUCUGGCCUUGUCAUGCAUGGCCCUGUUGCUUGUCGUGUGGAUACGAUGGAGGCGUUGCCUUCCACCGUCGGGGUUCGUAUGCACGUUGCUGGGAUUCUUGACUACAGCUACGCUUCUCGACGCAGUGCGAGAAUGCACGUAUCUGCGAAAGAAUCAGGAAAUCGCUCUCGCUGACGACUGCAUCAGCAAAGGCGUCCUAGUCGUCACCUACUUGCUGACGGUCUGUACAGCCGGAAAUUUCAUUGGCGCUGGCAUACGUGACCACGUCAUCUCCAGGCCAAACUCCGUUCACGUCUACCAAGGGUUUCUGGACGAGGACAGCGUAUCGGUCUUCUCCAAGAUAGCAUGCCUGUCUCUCUUCCCGACGUUCCGUGAGGCGAGGAAGAAAAAAGAAUCUUCGAUGCUGGAAAUUCCGUUGCUGCGAAGGGGCUUCCAUUGCAGAUACAUGGUAGAGGCCCUGACGUCACGGCUGCCAAAAGGGCGCACGUCUCGGUCCAGGAAGCCGGCUUUCCUGACCAACGUGUUCAAGGUGCUGUGGAUCGACGCAUUGCGCGUGACUCUGUGCACGGUGGCUUACUUCUUUUGCAUCUUUACAAGAGUUCCUGCACUCGAACUACUUAUCAAGACCAGUGGCGAAAGCCACAUGAUCAUAGCAUCGCUGCUCUUCGUGGCAACUUGCGUGGGAGAGUGGCUCAUCUCUUCUUACCACAUGGAGCUGCUGGCUAUCUUUGGCAACCGCUUCAGAUCUCUUCUGCAAGGAACAAUCUUCCGAAAGGCGACGCUGCUCUCCCCGGCGGCUGCCCAACCUACUGGGUACGUGGCCUCCCUUCUGGGUGUGGACUGCCUGCAGCUGUGCAACUGCGCGUACUCUCUGCCGCUGCCCCUUUGCGGUGCCCUGACGCUGCCGCUGCUCUUCUGGAUGCUCUCGGAGAGGGCGGGAGUGGUGCCCGCCAUCUGCUGCGCAGCCUGGGCGCUCGUCACGCUCCUCGCACCCUUGGCCUCCCUGUACGCACAGAAGCGCUUCUGGGAUGUGGAAAUUAAGGCCCGCGACGAGAGGCUGAAAUCCAUGACGGAUCUCCUGUGCAACAUCCGCGUCGUGAAGAUGUACGCCUGGGAAGACGCUCUGCAGGCGAAUGUGCUCAGCUCGCGGGAGGCAGAGGUGAAGUGCCUGUUUGCUGUGAACAUGCUCGACGCUGUCCUGGACUCCGUGUGCAGCUCCUGCAGCGCCGUGCUGAUGAUCAUCCUGUUUUCAACGAUGUCAGUGUUUGAACCCGACCGUGUACUCAGCCCGGAGCUCUCUUUCUCAUGCAUUUCCUUGUUGUACAUCACCGACUUGACGAGCACUGGCCUUGUUCUAGUCUUCAGGAAUAUAAGCAAGGGUUCAGUUGCGCUGAAGCGGAUCUCUUCGUUUUGUAUGGCCGAAGAGUAUGACGACAGAAACAAGUCGCAAGAGAAGGAUUGUUUUAGAAGGAUUGGGGCCGUCAACCUCAAAAAUUGCACAGUAGCGUGGAGCAGCCCUACCAUAAAGGGCGCUGAGCCUCAACUAAAGAACGUCACGUUUGACGUCGAACCCGGAUCACUUGUGGGAAUCGUUGGCUUCGUCGGCAGUGGAAAGUCGUCGCUGCUGUCUGCCAUUCUCGGAGACACGCAGUGCCUCGAAGGCAGUGUGACAUGCGUGGGACGCAUAGCGUACGUGCCUCAAUUGCCGAAUGUACACAACAUGACCAUCCGGGACAACAUCCUGUACGGCCGGCCUCUGCAUCCCAGCUUCUACGAACGCGUGCUUCGCAGCUGCCAGCUAAUGAAUGACCUCAACAAGAUUCCUGCGGGAGAUGCGGCCGAAGUAGGAGAAAAGGGCACAAAUCUCAGUGGCGGACAGAAACAGCGGAUCUCACUGGCUCGCGCUGCGUACAGCAAUAGUGAUGUCUACCUCAUGGACGAUCCACUCAAUGCACUGGACCCUCUGGUAGCCAACAACAUAUUCCGCGAUGUGAUUGGACAGUCCGGGCUUCUCAGAAACAAGACCCGCAUUAUGGUUUGCAAUCAAGGAACCUACUUGCGACACAUGGACAAAAUUGUAUUCGUUCACGACAAGAAAGCGAGAGAGUACGCAUCUCUCGAGGAGCUGCUAAGAGACCCAGCGUCACCGCAGAACUUUCACCUCUCCUUGGGACAGAAACUGCAGGCUCUUGGUACCAGCUGA